ACUGCUGUGAUGGGCACAAUAACCACUCCAUUUCCAACAAACAUUUAUGGUGAGAAACACCAUAACCAAAGAAAACCUAGCCACUUUUUGUUGCAUGAAAGAAGAAGGCAUUAAUGGAGAAGGGAAGAGAGAGUCCAAAGCAUGAAAGCAAAGGCCGGCGGUUGGUACUCUUUCCAAUCCCGUUGCAAGGACAUAUGAACCCCAUGCUUCAGCUUGCUAACAUCCUUCACGCCACAGGCUUCUUCUCCAUUACCAUUAUCCACACUCAUUUCAACUCUCCCACCAUAUCCAACUACCCUCACUUCACCUUCUGCCCCAUCCCAGACGGUUUGUCGGAGACCGAGAGUGAAGCUUCCACAUCUGAUAGCGUCGCUCUCCUCUCCCUCCUCAACACCAACUGUGUCGCCGCCUUUCGGGACUGCUUGGCUGGACUGGUGUUAUCUGGUGUUGAGGACGAGGCGAAGGAGCCCACUGCUUGCUUGAUAACAGAUGCUAUAUGGCACUUUUCACAGUCUGUUGCAGACAGCCUUGAGAUCCCAAGGAUUGUGUUGAGGACUAGCAGCUUGUCUUCCUUUCUUGCAUUUGCUGCUUUGCCUCUUCUGCUAGAAAAGGGUUACCUCCCUAAGCAAG